AUGAGUGACACUAGAAAGCGAAGCAGCAUCUGGCUGCAGUUUAAAGAUAUUGGGAACAAGAAAGCAGAGUGCCUUCACUGCAAAACGAAGGUCACUAUAAGAGCAGGUUCCACCACAAACCUGCAUAGACAUACAAGAACUGUCCAUCCUACAGUGCAGUUAGAGGAGAGAGGGCAAGCCAGCUCACCAUCUACUGAUCCUGGUGUGUCUCAUACCAGAACAACAGCUGCUGUAACGUCUACUGCCAUCCCCAUGCGUGCAAGUAUAACCUCUCCUACUGCAACUCAAAGCAAAAUAAGUCAGUUUUUACCUAAACUGAUGACCCCAGCCAAACAGCACAGUAUUGAUGAUGAGUUGGCUAAAAUGGUAGCUUCUGAUUUUCAACCCUUUUCCAUUGUGGAGGACAAAGGAAUGAAAAACUUUGUCAAAGCCCUAAAUCCCACAUACACUCUACCCAGUAGAAAAACACUUUCCCAAACAAUGAUCCCAAAACUAUAUGACACAGAACGUGCAUUAUGGCAAGAAAGGGUGACAAAAGCUCCAUCAGUUUGCCUGACAACUGACUGCUGGACCUCCAGAACAACCUGCUCUUUCAUGUCUGUCACUUGCCACUUUAUUGAAGAUUACAAGAUGACAUCUUGCCUUCUGGACUGCUUCGAGUUCACCGACAGACACACUGCAGAAAACUUGGCAGUGGAGCUACUAAGAGUGGCAAAAGAGUGGCAAGUAGAGGACAAAGUGGUGUGCUGUGUGAGUGAUAAUGCUGCAAACAUCACCAAAGCCAUAAAAGUUUUGAAGUGGACCCAUCACCCAUGUCUGGCGCAUACACUAAACCUGGUGGUUAGAGAUGCUCUGAAGGUGAUCAAAACAACCGUGGAUAAGGUGAAGGCUGUUGUGGAGUUUUUCCACAAAAGCACAGUAGCAGCACAGAAGCUAAAGUCCACACAGCGCCAAAUGGGGAUUCCUGAACUGAGGCCCAAACAAGAGUGUGCCACCAGGUGGAACUCAACAUUUGAUAUGUUGAAACGAAUGCUUGAAAUAAAAGAUGCCAUCAUCUCCACCCUGGCCCUCAUCAACGCAUCUAUUGAGCCAUUAAGCCAAGAGGAAUGGGAGCUGGUGAAAGAGGUCUGCGCCGUCCUGCAACCAUUCCAGGAGGUGACUGUGGAGAUAAGUGCAGACAGGUACCUAGAACCAUUGAAGCAUUGUUUUCUCUACUACUAUUCAGUCACUAUUAUACAUUGCAAACACAACACAUACAGUAUAAUGCAUCACGUAUAAUAUGCCACAUACUUUUAAAAAACUAAAUUCUAAAAGUUGCUGUUUUCUCUCCUUCAGCUAUGUCACAGCCUCGAAAAUGCUCCUGCUUUGCAAAGGUCUGCAGCUGGUGACAGCCGAGAACCAAUGGACAGUAACUGUGCAGAAAGUGAAGGAAUUAGUUGCAGCUCUUUGUUCAGCCAUGGACCGCAAAUUUCUGCGGAUGGAGUACAACACUGUCCUUUCAGAAACUACCUUAUUGGAUCCAAGGUUUAAAAAACUUGCCUUCAGUGAUCGUAGAGCUGUUGAUGAAGCUCUUCAGAGGAUUAGUGCAGCAGCAGCAGCAAAAUGCACCCCCAGCAGCCAGCCAGCUCCACCAUUACAGGGCCAAGUGGAGGAGGAGCAGCAAACCUCUGCUGUUUGGAGGCUUUUUGAUGACAGAGCUACAGGAGAUGCUUCAAGGAGAAAUCCGACAGCUGAUGCUAUAAUGGAGGUGAGGCGCUACCUUGAGGAGCCCCUCAUCCAGAGAGCAGAAGACCCACUGAGCUGGUGGCAGGCCAAGGCCUCAGUCUUUCCACUCCUGGUGAAGGUGAUGGAGGGGAGACUAUGUAUUGUUGCCACAUCAGUUCCUUCUGAGAGAAUCUUCUCCAAAACAGGGCAGAUACUCACGGAGAGGCGAAAUCGUAUCAGGCCUAUCAGCCCAUCCAAGCUGAGGCAUCUGAUCUUCCUGAAUGCCAACCUGCCCUGAGGACUAAUGCUGUUUGCUGGAGUUUGGUUCUGGUUUUGAUUCUGUUCUGUGGAUUUGUUUGAAGUUUAUUGUUAAUUUGUGCAAUAAAAAAGUUUAAUUGAAAUAAACAAAUGUAAGAGUGGUUUUGUCACAGAAUAAAUGCACAGAAUUAGGCAUUAUAAGGUCUCUCAUAAAAACACUGAAAGCAAAAGGGUUUUCAACACAUAAACCAUGAUUUUUUUUCAAAGUUAAGGUAAAAUAUAGGCUACAAAAGAUCCUAAAUAAAGAGCCGUUCGGGAGUCGAAAGAGCCGGCUCUUCUUUGGGAGCCGAGUCAAAAGAGCCGGCUCUCAGAAAAGAGCCGAACUUCCCAUCAUUAACGCACACACACAGCUCUUUGACAAUCUGCCC